AUGGUAGCAACUGGAAUUGGAAACACUAACACCAUCUUUGGUCAGAAACAAAAAUUGGAUAUUCAACGGCAGUUGAAGCGCCUCAACAAGCCUGCUCUUAAAUCCAUCAAGAGCCCAGAUGGAGAUAUAAUCGACUGCGUACAUAUCAAAAACCAACCAGCUUUUGAUCAUCCUUUCUUCAAGAAUCAUACAAUUCAGAUGAGACCAAGUUUUCACCCAGAAGGGCUUUCAUUCGAUGAUGUCUCUUCAAAGUCCGAGUCCCAAAUUACUCAGCUAUGGCACUUGAAUGGAAGGUGUCCUGAAGAAACUAUUCCCAUCAGAAGAACUAAAGAAGAAGAUUUAUUAAGGGCAAGCUCUGUAGCAAAUUAUGGAAGGAACAAAUACCCUCAGUUUGAUACCGCGGACACCAAGAAAACUGCUUUCCAAGAGAAUGCAAUAGUUUUUGUGACAGGAGAUAAGUAUUAUGGAACUAAGGCAACCAUAAACGCUUGGAAACCCCAAAUCCAGGAACAAUUUGAGUUCAGCUUGUCUCAACUCGAAAUCCGAGGUGGUGAUGCUCAUACAGAGAUUAAUGCCAUUCAAGCUGGCUGGAUGGUCAACUAUAAUGUAUAUGGAGAUUACAACUCUAGACUCUUCGCUUUUUUCUAUACUAAUAAAUAUAAAAAUAGAACUAGGGCCUGCUACAAUCUAUUGUGUUCACCUGGCUUUGUUCAAAUCAACAAGGAAAUUGCUCUGGGUGGAAGCAUCAACCCUAUUUCCGUCUAUGCUGGUUCCCAAUAUGAACUCCACUUCCUUGUCUGGAAGGUUUCCCAAUAA